AUGCGUUUGCUGCGCGCAGCUCAUUUCGCGAUGUCAAAGCUCCAGGAUUCUAGGGAACUUUUGAACAAUUUGAGAGCGUACUGCACACGAUGGGGUAGCAACAGCUUCGACUUUGGUGAGUACAAUGACUUGGAUAGGAACCAAGCCGUGAAGGGCAGCGCACUUGCGCAGAACGCCCAAUACUUGGAAGCAUUUCUCAAAGCUGGCUACGCCAAGGCCAGUCUUGUGACAAUGAGGAACACUUUGCGGCUUUUGGAAUCUCAUUUCCUGGGCAAGUUCAAAGUGAAUCCUACGGAAAAAUCAUUUGAGGAUUUCCUGGCCUUCCUUUGCAGGCGAAGUAACUGCAUGCUGAGCCAUUUGCGCAGAUUGGUCAAUGAGGAGAAAAUGAAUACUUGUGUCCGUGGUCUUGCGGACCCCAAAGAUGCAGAUACUUUGCACAGUUUGUUGCAGCUGCUCAAUGAGGUCGUAGUUCCUUCUCCUUCCCCUUCACCUGGAGAAGCGCCAACGGAAGAGGUAGCAAAAGAAGGGCAGGACCCCCGCACGUACCCCACCUAUGAGAGUCUGGUGCGAUCACCUAGCUCUAUGCCUGCCAGUGAUUCGCCAGGUGCAGCUCCCAGCAGCGAUGAUGACAAUGCGCCUCGCAGUGCUUUGCAGCAAGCUCGAAAUCGCCAGGGCAAACUCCCGGGAACAAGAGGAAGCACGAAGGAGAAGACCAAACAGAUGAGAAAGCCGGCUGCUGCCAAGCCUCCCGCAGCUGAGGCAGCUGACCCUGCCAAAUCUCCUUACCGCGUGGGGAAAUUUUCACACAAAGGCUAUGUCCAAGUCUUUGACACGGACUCCAAUGCUUGGAAGCUGUUGGUGAACGUGGACUACACCAAUUGCUCAGAAGAAUGGAAGAGUAAAUGCCACGAAGUGUUGGACAAGCUACUAGCUUAUGUGCAGAACAAGCCGGAGUCCACUAAGGAAGAGCUGCGCAGCAAAAGAAAUGAUUGGCUGCAGGCUGCUGAACAUGGCGAUGUGGCUUCAUCCAGGAAACGACCCGCGGCUUCUUCACUUCGUCCGAAGAAAGCCAGUCGCAAAGCUCACAAGCUGAAGUCCAAGGACGAUCCUGAGAUGCCGGCUCUGAAGCCGAAAAAGAGCAAAUGCCAUGUCGCGCCACGAAAGCGCAAAGCUGUGGACAAGACACCCACUGCUUGGAAAAGAGCCGCUGACAAGCUUGUGGCUUGCCACUGCACCCUCUUGAGCCUACUUGCUUUUGCGAUGCCCUACCUCACUGUCAGCGGCCAGGAGGAUGAGAUUCAGAGCUUGGAACUGUUUGCUGGAAAGCAGGCCAUCAGUCGUCAGACCCAGAAAUUCGGUUUUCGAGCUGUGGCCCUUGACAAGACCUACAGUGAUAGCCCCAUCAUGGACCUGACUACGAUGGAUGGUUUCAAGCAUGCGUUGUCUUUGGCCAUGCGUUUAGGCAUAGCUUGCACAUGCUGGGCGGCGCCAGUUUGCAGUAGCUGGGUAUGGGUCUCAAGAUCCAGCACAGGCCGCAGAGCCACCUGUCCCGAAGGCAACCUGAGUUGUCUGUCGGUGAGAGAAGGAAAUCUACAAGUGAAACUCACCGUGACUGUUCUGCCGGUCGCUUUCCUGCGUGGUGCGUUUGUGUACGUGGAGCAGCCUUGCAGUAGCCUCAUGUCUUUGUACGAACCAAUGAAAAGCUUCAUAGAACUCAUUGGAAAGCAGAGAUGCCGAGUUGCUCUUGGGGCCUAUGGAGCUGACAGACGUGUGCCUUACACUACGUGGCUCCAACAGCAGCUACUCAAUGAGUCGUUUGGCGCCAACAUUCACGUACAUCCCAGUGCAGUGCCUAUGGCCCCAGGGCUUGCACCGCAGAUGGUACCCAUGCAGCCGUGUGGUUUGAUGAGCCCGCAUCCAAUGCAUAUGCCCGUGGGACUUGUUCCUCAAGCUGUGUUUCAGCAGCAAGAAGCAGUGCCAACGCCUCCUUGGAGGGCAGAUACCAGUCCUUCGUUUCUUGCCGCUACCAAUGCUCCUGCGCCUGCAGCUCAUGGUGUUGGACACGGCGCUAUGCCUGCGGACGCUCCUGCUCCAGACAUUCCAAAGACGGAUGACAAGAACUGGUGGUGGGAUGGGCAGAAAUACCGCCCUUGGUCUCGCGGUUCCGGUGCCAAACAAGGCAGUGCAUACGCCAGGAACGGUGGCAAAGACACUGGUGGUGAGAAGGAGAUCGACUGGAUGGGCGAUGAUGAAGCGCCCCCAUAUGCCGAAGCAGACUCCAAUGACGAGAUGCCUGGUGGCGCUGCUGGUACUACCCCCAAGGCUUCCCCAAUGGUGCCUCCUGGAGAAGCUACGACCACGGCCCCCGACAAUGAGCGCUUGAGUGUUGCUCCGUUUGUGGCAGGGAAUGUGCCUGAGCCGAAGGCCAAAGCUGCUCCGAAGACGAGAUUGAAGAAGACGGGCGGGACGAAGAAGAAGACUGGUCUCAAGGUCAAGAAGUAG